UCUUUGACUGGAUCCGUUUUCGGAGUUCUUUAUGGUUAUAAUUCUACGCAGACGAGACCUUGUUUCUAUUUCAUCGAAAAUUACUGGAUCUGAUGAUUUUGUUGGAUUUGGAGGUCUCGGUACUUUUUUUUUCGUUAUUUCGUUCAGAUCUUUAUGGUCCUGUUUCGAAAUUUAAGGUUUGUUACAGUUUUCUAUCUGUUUUUCUGCUUGAUCUAUUUGGAAACAGAUUUUGCUUGAUCUGAUUAGCUUUAUUGUUUUUUAGGGCUAGGGUUUCAUAUUUUUUAAAGAACGUGCCUUCUUUGAAGGCUUUCUCUCUCUUUCGAGCGGGUUGAGGAUUCUUUUCUUUGCCUUUUCUCUUUAAAGUCGGAUCUAGCUGGGUAGAUUUUUCUGUAAAUAAUGCGUUCGAAGGAGCCUUUUUAUAGGAAAUAGUAUCAGUGCGUCCCUUCUUUAUCGAGAAAGAAGAUUAUGGUUUCAUAUUAUUCUGGCAUGUCUUGAAUUUGCAACUCAUGUUUCUUUUUGAAUUGAGUCCAGAACUUUUUGCAUUCCUUUCCGUCCAGGGAUUUUUUUAUGUCAACUGAAUUCAUCUUCUCAUCCCUUUUGUCCGUUUCUUCUUUCCUGUAUGCCGAGCUUACGCUAUGAAUUGUUUUUAUGAUUUAGUCUUGAUUCUCAAAUUUCAGAUUCUCAUCUAUACCUUUUUCUAUUAGUCUACAUGUCUUUUCUGAAUCCAAGUUCUUAGACGUGUACGAAUGUUGGACACCAAAAAUGCUUGCGUGGUACUUCUACUUAUCUGAUGUUGUAGGAUUUUGGAAUUUUAAUUCUAUAUGGCAAAUCCUUGAACUGGAUUUUGAUCCUUGUGUUCAAAAUCAUGUUAGACAUGCUUUUCUUUUUUGAUUUCUCUUGCAUUCAUUGAAAGAUUCUUUAGGUCUUGUUCUGGAGUUUUUUUUUCCUCAUGUAAAUAAUUCAUAUAUAGUGUCAUUCUUUCUCUUCUUCCUGAAGAAAGAAUAAAAAAAAAAGAGUUGACAUGUUUCCCUGACUCAUAACUUGUUGGCAUAUUACACUCUUCAUGAAGUUCCCAAUACCAGACAUCUAUACAUAGCUGGUCAUUUAAGGAUGAGAUAAUUAGAGAUGUUAAUUGCUUUUCAUGUUUGGACAUCUACCUUUUAAGUAAAUAUUUUGAUAUUAAUUGAUAAAAAUAUAUUUCAUGGCACUGAGACCUUGAACUGUGAUUUCUUGCUUUGACUACGUGAUUUCAAAUGUUUGUAUUAUUCGGUAUAACAUAUGCUUGAGCUUGUUUUCAAAGUGGUAAUGAGAUUAAUGCACAGACAUGGAUUCACUAACCAUAUUCUGUCAUGUCUUGAAGGGUGUUUUCUCAACAAAGCAAUAUUUGUCUAUGCAUUUGUGCAGGAAAUCUAUUAUCAAUAAAAUAGAAAUUGUAUUGUUUAAAGAGUCAAUCCAAUGCCAGUACAUGCUGAUUUGGUUUUCUUGCUUGGACUCAGGAGUCCAAGUAAGACCGAUCUAGUGCUCCUGUUCCAGGCAUUUCUACUUGCGAUUACUGAUUAUGAGAACUAUAAUUAGACAUGGCAGGAGUGACACCAGAGGGAUCUCAAUUUGAUGCUCGUCAAUAUGAUGCCAAGAUGACUGAGCUGUUGUCGACAGAUGGUCAGGACUUUUUUACAUCAUAUGAUGAGGUCUAUGAUAGUUUCGAUGCUAUGGGGCUCCAAGAAAAUCUUCUAAGGGGCAUUUAUGCUUAUGGUUUUGAAAAGCCCUCUGCAAUUCAGCAGAGAGGAAUUGUUCCUUUCUGCAAGGGACUGGAUGUCAUUCAGCAGGCACAAUCAGGGACAGGAAAAACUGCAACUUUCUGUUCAGGAAUUUUGCAGCAGCUUAAUUACGAGCUGCUUGAGUGCCAGGCCUUGGUUCUUGCCCCAACUCGAGAAUUGGCACAACAAAUUGAGAAGGUCAUGCGAGCACUUGGUGACUACCUGGGCGUAAAAGUUCAUGCCUGUGUAGGAGGAACCAGUGUGCGCGAGGAUCAACGUAUUCUUUCAAGUGGUGUCCAUGUUGUUGUUGGUACUCCAGGUCGUGUAUUCGACAUGUUAAGAAGGCAGUCCCUUCGGCCUGAUUAUAUCAGGAUGUUUGUUUUGGAUGAGGCAGAUGAAAUGCUUUCACGUGGUUUCAAGGACCAGAUCUACGACAUCUUCCAGCUUCUUCCUUCUAAAAUCCAGGUUGGGGUCUUCUCCGCCACAAUGCCUCCUGAGGCCCUUGAGAUCACCCGCAAAUUCAUGAACAAACCUGUGAGGAUCCUUGUGAAGCGAGAUGAGCUCACCCUUGAGGGUAUUAAACAGUUUUAUGUCAAUGUUGAAAGAGAAGAGUGGAAGCUCGAGACUCUCUGUGAUCUUUAUGAGACUCUGGCGAUCACUCAGAGUGUCAUCUUUGUGAACACGCGGCGCAAGGUUGACUGGCUCACCGACAAGAUGAGGAGCAGGGAUCACACGGUCUCGGCUACACAUGGAGACAUGGAUCAGAAUACUAGGGACAUUAUAAUGCGUGAAUUCCGAUCUGGUUCCUCCCGUGUUCUGAUCACCACUGAUCUCCUUGCCCGUGGUAUCGAUGUCCAGCAAGUUUCACUGGUCAUAAAUUAUGACCUGCCAACCCAACCAGAGAACUAUCUUCACCGAAUUGGACGUAGUGGACGUUUUGGAAGGAAGGGUGUUGCGAUCAACUUUGUCACUCGUGAUGAUGAAAGGAUGUUGUUUGAUAUCCAGAGGUUUUACAACGUGGUGAUUGAAGAGCUGCCAUCUAAUGUUGCAGACCUUCUCUAGACGAAUCUCCAUCAUAGCAUGGUAAUUAAUAGUGCCUUUCUAGGUGUUCUUUUUCAAGAAUUAUUUUUCUAGAACUUUGAACAUUUUGGGUGCUAUGUAUUUGGACAACUUGAAUUGAUGGUGAUCUAGAGCAAAUCGUUGUCUAUUCCAUCUUUUUGAAAUUUUUGUAGCAGCUAGGGUGUGCUUUAUUUGUCUUGGUAACCUUAAAAGAGGGAGACGUUAUGGAUAUUAUUUGUUAGACUUUGCUUGUUCUCAGAUUA